GAUUUAAUCCACGUCAGUUAAGUGUUUGUGUUUACUACAAACACGUGAAACUUUGUUGUACUGACUGUAAGAUUAAAAUUUAGUUAAUACAUUAUUGUUUACAAUGGAUUUAGAUGAAUCUUUUUCAUCAGAAUCAAGUGUUGACUCGGAUGAGGAGUUACAAGAAGCAUUUGCAGCUGGAAAGUUAAGGCCAGGGUUGAAUCUUGAAUUGCCAGCUUCAUCUAAAACAAUAAAUAACACAGCAGGUCUGAAUCAAACUUUGUUGACGAUAAAGAAAAAUCUGCCAUGGUUGGAGCGCUUAGAUGUGACCAGUAAACCCGCAACGACGCACAAAGAUCUCAUCAGUCAGAGUGAGACUGACGUCCAUGAUGAUUUCAAGCGAGAACUGAGAUUCUAUUGUCAGGCACAGGCCACUGUCCUUGAGGCAAUACCAAGACUCCAUAGUAUGAGCAUACCCACGAAAAGACCAGAGGACUUCUUUGCACAGAUGGCUAAAUCAGACGAUCAUAUGAAACGGGUCAGGGAGAAACUAGUGGAGAAACAGACAGCCAUAGAAAGAUCUGAAAAAGCCAAGAAACUCAGAGAACUCAGAAAAUAUGGCAAAAAAGUUCAAAUAGAAGUUAUUCAGAAAAGACAGAAGGAAAAGAAAGAAAUGCUGGAUGCUGUCAAGAAGUACCGCAAGGGUCAGAAAGAUAAACUGGAUUUCUUGGAAAAUUUGCCCGGGGAGAAGAAAAACAGUCAGAAUAAGAAAAGUGCAGAUAAUCUUCGGCCAAACAAAAAGAGAGAGUUCAAAAACAAGAAGUUUGGAUUUGGAGGACAGAAGAAGAGGUCUAAAAUGAAUACUAAAAGCAGUGCUCUAGACAUGUCAGAGUUUAACCCCAAUAUCAACCAGAAGAAACCAGGAAAGACAGGAAAAGGAAAACCUAAACCCGGUAACAAGAACAAGAGACCUGGUAAAGCACGGAGACAAAAAGCCAAAAGUAGAAAGAAGUGAAGAAUAAGAGUUGUUUUGUUGUAGGGAAGUGUCAAGGAAAUGAACAAGGUGCUGCUGAAUUAUGUGUUCUGAUUUCAAUUUUUAAACUGCUUUGUAAAUCUUCACGAGAGACUUUGAAAUCAGUUUAGAUACAAGUACCUGUACAUUGAAUCAGUCAGUGUCUGUGAUAACAUUUCUAGGGUUGGUAAAGAAAUGCAUUACGGUAUUUUGUUACAUGUAUAAUAUUUUUCUCUUACAUUAAAGUGUCAAUAUAC